AUGAGUGCUGAAAUACGUUACAAGUUAGCCAAACUUCAAAUUGAUUUAUUGUGUAAUGCCGCGGAGUCUGCUGUACAAGACAAUACAAAACUUAUCGAGUUUAAAACUCGCUGCAGUGAUCUUGUGCAAACUAAGAACGAGUACAAAGACGCUUAUGUGUCUGUGGAAGCCGGGAAGCGUGCCGGUUUUGAUCCGGACAAACACCUGCAAGAGUUUUUAGACUAUGACGCAAAACUGAAUAAUGUAAGUGUCAUUUACGCACAAUUGUUUCCGGUUGUGUCUUCGAACGUAGUUAAUUCUCAGUUCUGCAUGCCUGAUAUUCCUCUGCCGCGCAUUUCGCUUCCAUCAUUUACAGGAGAUGUCACUAAAUGGACAAAUUUUAUAAAUAUUUUCAAAAGUAUAAUUGACGAGAGUGCUACCAUCAAACCUGUGAGAAAAUUACAUUAUCUGAUAUCAUGUUUAUCAGGUGAACCUCUUGAUUUAGUCAAGCACUUGCCGCUUACUGAUCAAAACUAUGGUGUUGCUCUGACAUUAUUGGAGAACCGAUUUUCCAAUAUAAGACUUAUUGCCGAUACGCAUUUAGAAGCUAUCAUGUCACUUCCUGCUGUUGUGAAUUUGAGGUCUGACUUGAGAUCUUUCUUGAACACUUUUAACGAACACUUAGCUGCGCUUCGAGCCUUGAAAUUUAAACCUGAUGAGUGUAAAUUUGAAUUAAGUUUGUCUGGAUCGGAUAUUCCUAAAUAUUCGGAACUUAUUGCUUUCUUGGAAUAUCAAUGUAAGGCAUUAGAAAUGUCUAUUGCUUUGAAGGCAACAGUUAGCGGCUCACCUAAACAACCUGUUGUCAAGACACCGCCUCAUCGCAAUACUAAAAUGGUAAUGCAUGUCCAAGAGAGCAAUAAGGAAAUAAAUUGUCGAUAUUGUAAUUUGGAUCAUUACAUGUAUAUGUGCAAUAAAUUCAAGGCUUUGAAUCUUGAUCAGCGUAGAGAUUUUCUGAAAUCUAAAAAUUUGUGUUUCAAUUGUUUUGGUACACACAAAUAUCAUGAGUGUAGUUCAUUACAUAAAUGUAAGUUGUGUCGGGCUAAACACCACACUUUGAUCUGUCCGUCUUCGACACAACCUGAUGGCACUCCACCUGCGGUGAAGUCAGCUGUUGUCGUGGCUGAAAUGGUUGAGCCUUCAUAUCCAGAAGGUGAACAAGAACCUAAUAGCAUUACUAGUGUUAAUAAUGCUACAAUGAAGUCUUUCAUGGUAAAGGAUACUAAGCCAAAUUUGCCAAAUAUCCUGUUAGCUACGGCCAUGGGUCUUGCUGGGAAUGGUGAUGGACAUUUCCAACCUGUUCGCUUGUUUAUUGAUCCAGGCGCAGAAUGUUCAAUAAUCUCUGAGGAGUGUGUUCAAAGACUUCAACUUAAACAUAACCAUCAACCUGUGUCUAUCUAUGGUGUAGGGCCGAGUGUGCCUCAUCGGUCUCAUGGAAUGACCAAUGUGUUUUUGAAGUCCAUGACUUCUGACAAGCCGUUGCUAACUGUUUCGGCUGUCAUUUUGAAGUAUGCUACUGGCGACUUGCCCAGUGUCUCUCUGUCUGCGGACAUAAAAUCAAAUUAUCAGGGCCUGCAAUUGGCUGAUAAUGAUUUUUUCCUGUCUAGGCCUAUAGACAUUUUAUUAGGCAGUGAUGUCUACAAUGACAUUUUCUGCGGUGAGAAGGUGUGGCCUUCCACUGACUUACCGGCGGCUUACGGAACCAUUUUUGGUUGGCCUGUCGCAUUCACUUGUGACAUCAAGGGUAUGUACAGACAAGUACUUGUGCACCCGGACGAUCGUGACUAUCAAAGAAUUCUCUGGCGUCAACACACUGAUGAUCCCAUUAGAGAAUUUCGUUUGAGGACGGUCACUUUCGGAGUCUCCUCAAGUCCGUUCCUCGCUAUGAGGUGUAUCUGGAAAUUGGCAGAGGAGACCAAGACCUCACACCCUGUCGCUAGUCAAAUUUUGUCAGAUCAAAUUUUUGUUGAUGACAUAGUGACGGGAGCUCCUGAUCUUGACACAGCUCGAAAGACGCUGCCUCCCGAGGUUUGA